AUGGCAUUGCUGCUGUCGGAAAAUACACAGGGAGACACCGCCGAAAAAUUGUGCGAUGCUUCAAAUGGCCAAGGGUGCCAGCGCCAUUUGUCAGAAGAAAAUGUAGGGCACCACAAUGCCCCUCCCGAUUUCAUACCGACGCACGAGUGGCAGGAUAUUCUACCGAACCAGGCCAUUCCUCCAGUAAGGUUUGUACAUUCGUGUAAACCUUCAGACUGGCAAGAAAGAAGCCAAGCUCCUUGGUCACUUCAUCAACGUGUGGGUCUGUUCGCCAGCACGCCCCUGCUGACUGCAGCGCGUGUACGGGCGAAUUUUGACGAACAAGCAUCGGGAGGGAGAGCUGCAUUUGUCCCAGUGCGGAGGCGAUACACUGCAGAGGCACCCGACAAUCGAGGCACAAACACAACAACUCCACUCAUGUUCGAACCGACACAUGAAUGGAAGGAGAUCCUUCCCAAUCAAGUGCUUCCAGCGGGUCUCCACAUCCGCGUGAAUCUGCAGACCGGUCAGAAGGAGGCAAAAUUACUCGACUGA